AUAAAUUAAAUUAAGUGUAAAAACUAAAAGUUUUCAAAAAAAAAAUAAAAUGAUUAAUACCGCAAAUAACAUGUUGUUUCCGCAAAACUUUUCGGUAAACUUUUCGACGCCGACAACAAAAAUGGGACAACAAUUACAACAACAGCACCAACAACAACUGCAGCAACAAAUGUUGACCAGAAAGUUGUUGACCACUAAUUUACCGCACAAUAUAACCGAUAACAACAACAACAACAACUCGACAGCAAAUCAAUUGCCAUUAAAUGUCGUGACGACUACCGCCAACACCAACACCGCAGCCAACAAUACCUACUCGUCGUCGUCGUCCACAACUAACACCAAUCCGGACAACAUUGACCAGUGUUUUAGCCAUUGGUUUACGCAUACAUCCAACCCUACGGAGACGGCACCGGUACUGACGGCGUCGGCGGUGGUAAACCAAUUAAAACUUGAGGACCGAUUGGUGGUAAACGAGUGCGAGGACAGCGGUUUCAAUACAUGCUAUUCGGCGCAAUCGUCGCCACAGUUGUCGCCGAUAAGCAACUCUAGCUAUACCCGUAUGGACAGUACGGCCAACGGUUCGCCAUUUGACGAUUAUACGCCAUUGAGUUUUCAAGGAGUGGCCACUUCGGCCAACUGGAGUCUGGAUGCUAUACUACCGACUGGUGGCGGCGGCGGCGGCCUAUCGUUUGCUGCCAAAGAAAUUAAAUUAUUUUCCGAUUAUCCAUCAAAAUCAGCGGACGGUUCCCGCGAACUACGUAUUGUUAAACAACCCGAAGCGCAUCACAGGGCCCGGUAUAUGACGGAAGGAUCGCGCGGUACUAUCAAAGACCGUACGGGUCGAUCGUAUCCGGCCGUCCAGUUGUUCGGCUAUGCGAAGCCGGGGCCACCGCCGGCGGUUAAGAUGCAAUGUUUUAUCGGUCACGACACCAAUCUCGGUCAGCCGCACCUGUUUUAUCAGGCCUGCGAAGUCAGCGGUAAAACACCGUAUAAGAUGACCAAAGUUGACGGUUUCAAUGUCAUCGAAUUGGAACUGUCGGGUAAACAUCAAUACCUGUCGGUCCUCGACUGUAUGGGUAUACUAAAGGAACGGAACGUUGAUGUCGAGCGAAAGGUUCUCAGAUCGCGCCGACGGAUCGGCGCCGCCGGCGGUAGUAAUCGGCUGAUGACGACUGCAUCGGAAGAAGCGAAAGUCAUACGGUCGACAAAUAAGGCCCGAUCGACACACUGUCGACUAGUAUUCCGGUGCCAAUUGCCCGAUACGGGCGAAAUCCUACAGUCCAUCAGCGAACCGAUUCUGUGUACACAACCGCUCGGGUCGCCCGAAAUCUAUAAGAUGUCGACCAGCGAGUCGGACAUCAAAGGCGGUAACGACCUGUUUAUUAUUGGCAAAAAUUUUCACAAAGAUUCAAAAGUGGUAUUUACGGGUACUUCGGGUGGUUCGGGGGGUUCGGGUGGUUCGGCACAAACAACCGGUUGUUGGCGUAAAGUCGUACAACCGAUGAAAGAGUUUCUGAAUGCUACGCAUCUGGUCUGUCCGAUACCCGGUUACGAUGGCCCGGACGGCAAGUAUCAAUCGGUUAUCAGUGCCGAGGUUACUGUCCAUUGCGAUCAUAAGUCAUCGGAACCGAUAAAAUUUAUAUAUAAAAAUCAAUUACCACAACAACAACAACACCAACAACACCAUCAUCACAGUCAACAACAAUCACUACUUCACUGUCAAAUACAGUCAUCAUCGACACCAUUGAUGAGACACCAACACCAUCAGCAACAACACCAACACCAACGGGGAAAACAUUUGUAAAUUUAAGAAAAAAUAGAUAUAUUUUUGAAGGACAGUUGUCUCUCUGAUGGUGGUGUGUGUGUGUGUGUGGUGUCUGUCCUCUAAUGGCCAC